AUGGUUCUGCAAGCCGGCUACCCCAACACAACCGGCUUCCGCAAAGUCACAAAAGCCACCAUCCUCAUCAAGAAGAAACCCGGCAUGAGCGAUGUCGACUUCAUCUCCCACUACAACCACGUUCACGCUCAACUCGCCGCUCCCGUGGUCGAGAAGCAUGACAUCAUAACCUACAGCCUGUCCUACUGCCUCGACCGCGACCGUAAGAUAAUGCCCGACAUGCUCCGCGGGAAAGCACAAAUGGCAGAUUACGAUGCGAUUUGUAUCUUUGUGUUUCCGGAUUAUAAGGCUUUUGCGAAGUUCAUGUCUGAUCCUGCGAGUAAGGCGUUGGCGCCGGAUCAUGAGAAUUUCAUGGUGGAGAGUGAGAUGAGGAUGAUGGUGGGGGAUGAGUACAUGGUGAUUGAGGAUGGGAAGAUGGUUGUGAAGGAGUGA